AUGAAUCCAAGCAUCAUUGUCCCCGAGUCUGAUAUAGAUUGUAUGCUGCUUGUAGCGGACAACUUAGUCAAGCUAUCUUCCCAUGUUUACAACACUCUAAUACGUCGGGUUAGUAUUCUAUAUCCCACUCCCAUAGGAAUCCUUCACAUCUGGCCCAGGCCUGUACACAAGCGCAUCUCUGCACUACUCUAUAGAGCACUGAGGGUGUCACACGCGCUAACAUUUAAGAUCCAGCUGGUCACCACUGACGCUCUACUGGAGUCUCUUUUCGACUUGUCGAUUGGAGUCACUAGAGCCCCAAGACGCCCACCUGAUCCCGGCAGAAAGAUAGAGACAGUCUUGCAAAAUACCAUAAUGUGCGGGAUUUACCAGUUCUUCGCUCUUUGUGUGAAGAGGCUUUCGCAUCAAGUUGAACGAUGCCUCCGAGAGGGAAUUACCUUUACAAACUUCACAGUCAUGGCCACUGCAGGAGGAAAGUGCGUCUUUCCAGUGCAAACGACCAUGCUGACAUCAGGAAGGCGAGAGCCCGUGGCUGCAACCGGUCAUCCCGUGGUGUCCAAACGGUCCUCGGGAGAAGUUCUCUUCGUCAAGAGCCUCGUAUUCUAUGACCCUCGGUUCUCGGUCUCAUUCUUACUUCGAUGGCGUUAG